AUGGCGAAAUGGAUUGGGGAGAAAAGUGUGCCCCUCAUCUUUGGUAGUGGGGUCAGCGGCUCUGUCAUAGCCAUUGCGUGGAAUGCCACCGAGCAAGACCGGAUGGCUCGUGCCAUCCAAAAGGGGCGCUUCCGCCCAAAAAAGCCUGAGGAGUUCCAAUUGGAGUUCCUAAACUUUGACCUCCCAGCCAUCCACCGAGGUCUUGGCAAGAAUGGCAUGGUGGCUCUCAUUGGCAUGCAAGCCACUGGGAAGACCACCACGCUCCAGCAUGUUCUGUGGGAGGCCGAGAACCCCUUUUUCCUGGAGGUCUCCCACGACGAUGUGCAUCGAGCCAUCCACAAUGAGCUCCGCAAAAACAUUUGGAAGCUCCCGUGGCUUCUGGAUGGCAUGAGGGUAGAUUGGGGAAAGACCCACAAGGAUGUGGUGACCGAGGUCUUUGAGAAAGUGACCAAGAAGACCCAGAAGCCGGUUCGCCUCGGCUUUGAUGUGGUGGCUGUGACAAAGCACGGAAUAGAUGAGCCACAUGUCUCCAACAUCAUUGAGGUGACCACGGGCAAAGAAAACCUGCAUUUCCCCACCAACUUUGAUGCGAAGUUCUUCGUGAAGCAGGUCAAAUACCUUUGCGCAGACAGGCAUGUGUCAUCAGCCCUCAUCUCCUCCAGCGAGGGCUUGAUGAUGCUGUCCCUAGGAGAGCCUCGUCUUGACAAGAUGCUUGGAAGGGAAUUGCCCAUCUCCAAGUCCAAGGCAUACCUCAAGGCCUUGGGUGAGGAAAACAUCAGCGAGGAGAUGCUGAUGAACAUGCCCAGAACCUUUGAGAAGUUGGGGAAGUUGAGCGCAUCAGCAGACAAGGAAGCCUUUUGCAACAAGGAGAUGCAAGGGUGGGCCUUGAAUGAGCCGAUCGACAUUGAUGACAUCAGAGCGGCUACAUCCGGCAAGUUGGCAACCUUGGGUGGUGCAGACCCCAAGGAGGCCUUUAUCCACCAUAUGGUCAAGACCAACAUCUUCACGCCCCGAGAUGAUGGUGGCUAUGAGUUGCAGUUUGACUGUCAGCACAAGGCGGUCAAGAAGGUCUUUGACUUCUAA